CUCGAUGUUGCACUUUUGGAUUCCAUUAAUUUCGAUCACUUCAACACUUUCUAAGUGGCGAAAUAUUUGCUAAUUUGGAUGACAACCAAAUAUAUUUUCUCUAUUUAUUUUACUUAAAAACGAAUUGAUUUUUAUAGAUCCGGUGAUGAAAAUUUGAGUACUUACUGUUUAUUGAAAACUUUGUUACUUACUGUUUAUAAGAGCUCUUUGGAAGGUUCUUCUGUUUGCUAGAAGGUUACACCGCAAUAAAAAUGUUUUGACUGGUGUUUGGUUAAAUGGUUUGACUUUUUAUGUCAAUGGUUGACGAUUUUUACAAGUUAUAAAAAUAUGGAUAUAUCAGCAUUUUCUGAAGAUACCUUUGAUUCAAAAGAAUGGAUUAAUAAAACAUUUAAGUCACCAGAUGCGCAAGAAAAUAAAGAAGUAUUUUUAUCUUCUUUGGUUGCAAAGCUACAGUUAUAUGUCCAACAGAUAAAUGGUGCUGUUGAGGAUACCAGUGAACAUGUUAUUCAAAGUUUGCCAAGAGUCAUGCAUGAUGCAGAUAUGAUCCUGAAGGAAGCCCUUAUGUUGAAAGAAAAAAUGCAGUUAGUAAAAGAAGAAAUAAUGAAGAUUGAAAAAGACACAGCAGCUUCCAUGGAGACAUUAGAAAAAUUAGACAAAAUGAAAACGGAAUUAUACACUGCUAAACAAGCUCUACACGAAGCCGAUAAUUGGACCGUUCUUGCUUCAGAUAUUGAGGAAGUUUUUGAAUCACACAAAAUUGAAGCUAUUGCAGAAAAAGUAAUGAGUAUGCAACAAUCACUCCCUGCUUUAAUUCAUUCUACUGAUUAUGAACAACGCAAAAUACAGUUAGAAGGAUUUAAGAAUAGAUUAGAGGCAAUGGCCAGUCCACAUCUUGUAAAUGCAUUCACAAACAAAAAUGUUGAGGAAUCUGUUAAAUAUGUUAAAAUAUUUACUGGAAUAGAAAGAUUACCUCAGCUUAUUAAGUAUUAUGUGAAGUGUGAAAAAAGUUUCCUUUGCCAGAAAUGGAAAAACAUUGUCGAUGUCGAUCAAGAUCGAGGAAUACAGGAAUUGCUUAGUCAAUUCUAUCAAGACCUAUUAUUGGAGUAUCAUACACAGGUAAAGUGGUGCACAUCAGUAUUUGAUUCUAGUAAAAUGGUUAUGGGUGUUAUUGCAGAUGCUCUCAGUUCUCUAGAGAAAGAUAUAACAACUACUGUCGAUACCUAUAUCAGACAAGAAGGAGAACAGAUAUCGCAACUUGUGGCUUUAAGAUCGUUAUCCGAUAAUUUUAUAUCUGAUUUGAAGAAUGCCUUAGCACAACAUGAGGAUGAAACUCCGGAAUGCUGGAGGGAUGUUUUACACUCAGUGUAUGUUAUAUAUCGUAAUUGGGUAUCUGCCUAUAGAAGGCUAGAAGAAAGGCAACUUGUUGUAACUUCGCUUGAAGGAGAUUUGUCAGAGAGUGUGAGAGUGCUUACAAGGGAGCGACAAUCUCUUGUGUCUGGAGUUUCAGAAGCUGUAAAAAGAUGUGAAUUAUUCACAUCCGGUCUUGGUCUUCCUGCUUUAAUAUCGGCUGUACAGUUUUCAAUAUUAAAACAUUUGGAACAAUAUGAAAACGUAUUAAGAGAAAUAGAAAUUAAGAAACAAUCAAAAGAAGAAUGGUCUAUGUUUCAAAUUUGCCUGAGUUUGCUAUUAAAUAUAGGUGAACUUCAAAAUACAAUUGAAGAAUUAGACAGAGAGUUAAUACAAACAUUAGAAAAAUCUUUGAGAAAGGAAAAAAAAUUAGAAAUCGAUUUAAGACAAGUGAUGUUUACUAAAGGAGCCCUGGAACAAUAUAAUUAUUUUAUGAAAUCUUUCAAAGAAGGUAAUAAAUCUUCUGUUGUGGAAGGGGUUAAGUCUAAACUCUCUAAAGUCACUGAGCGGGUAACGGGAUGCUGCUUAGAUGUGAUGUUUACCCCGAUCCGUUCUCAGUUGUCGAGAGCAUCGUGGGGUUCAUCAGCCAGUCUAUCUCACCAGCUCCCUGACUACAGUUAUGCUCCACUUGAGUAUAUCACUCAGAUAGGGGAAUAUUUAAUGACAUUGCCUCAGCACUUAGAACCAUUUUUGAAGGAAGAGGGAAACAGUCCUGCAGUUCAGUUAUUGGGUCGGGUGUGUAGGCAGACUUGUUCGUCAUUAGCAGAUCUCAUCUUAAACACCAAAGAUGUCACUCCAAAUACUGCUAAGCAGAUAGCUGUGGACAUCGCAUAUUUAGGUAACGUUCUUGAAGAUCUUGGACAGACUUUACCUGAAACUCUUGCACAAAUGGUAGUCCUCCUUAAACUCCCCUCAGAUGCUUAUCAAGCUGGCAGUGCUGGCUGUUCACCGAGGCUUGUGGCUGCGAUAAGAGAAAUGAGAAACAUUGCAUCAUCAUGAAGAAUAUAUAUUAUUAAUUAUGAUUUGAUACCUCAGCUGCUUUCAAAUUAUUAUAUUUUAAUAAUUUGAUUAAAACUAGAAUGUGAAUAUUGUCAAUUAUCUAUCUAUACCUUUUAUCUGGAAUUUAAUUUUUUUAGAGGUUAAAAAAAAAAGAACUGUUUUUAAGUUAUACAUAUAUAACAUUUGGUUUUCUAUCUAAUAAUAUAAUCUAUCUUUAUUGAUGUUAGUAUUAAAUUUUAAUUAUGACUUUUAAUUAAUUACCAAGCAGGUAAAAACUGGAACAAAUGGUAACUAAAUGGUCUAAUUUAGUCAAUAGUACAAAUAUGAGGUAUUGUCAGAACACUAAAAAUAUGGCUGUUUGUUAUGUUGAAAAUUUAUUAUAUAAAAGUAAUUAAUUUGGGAUCCACUUCAUUUAUUAUUAAUCCUAAGGAUGUGUAUAAUGUAUUUUAGGAUACGGUUGAUUUUUAUGUUUUCAUGUUUAUUUAUUUAUAAUCAAUAUACUUUUGUUAUUUAUAAUUAUGUGUAUUUUUUUUAUUUAUAUAUUUGGUAAUCGGCUGUUACUGAGAAAGAUAUGUCAAACUUAUUUUUUGAUAACUUGUGAAAAAUUUAUAGUGCUGUAAAUGAUCUUUCCUGUUGAGGAACAGUGAAAGAUAGUUAAAGGUAGAUUGUGAAAUUAGGAAUAAAGAAAACCUGAGAUUAGUGAGAUAGUGACAAAUUAAUGACAGGAGCCAAAUGAAUAUAACCAAGGUGAUGGUAGAUGUUGAGGGAGGACUGACUAGAGAAGUGGAACAGUACAUUUUCUAUCAAAAACGUUCAACCAUUUCCUUACCAUCUUCUCCAGACUGGCAGACUAGUGAAUCCAACCUAAAUAUUGGUCUUCGCAAAACCUGACUGGCUGUCCGAAGUGCGCUGAAGAAGUAUUCAAAGUACGUUGCUCUUGUGUCCCAUCUCUAGAGUUUCACAUUCAGCUGAACAUAUUGUGACAUGGAGGAACAAAAAACGUGGAAGUUAAAAGAAGAGAGUUAUAUGUAGACUUAACAAUGAGGUGAACGCUAUAUGUAACUACAUUACCCUUUCCCAAAUUAAAUACAUCCUAAAGGCAUGUAAUCAAUGAAAAAAUAAUAAUAUAUGAAUUUUAUUGGUGACAGGGGUUCAAGUACAUCCCAGGUGCAAUGCUCCACUGCUGCUGAAAUCCCAUAUGAUAAAAAUUAGUGAUAGGGGGAAUUAAGAAAGGGUAUAAAGAAUUUAUUUAUAAUCUCUAGUAUCACUUUUUGUGCACUCUAUAUGAAACCAUAUUACUGAACAAAUAUUUUUUAUACAUAUUUUGGAUUUCUUUAAUUUAUUAUUGAAUGUAACUUUUGUUAAUAAUUAUGCAUUUAGUUUUGUCAAAUAAUUCAGUUUCUCAAAGAUUGUUAAAUUUGAAUGAAAAUAAUAUAGAUUGAACAGUAGAAAUGAUUUAACUGAGUGGAAAAGACAGAUUUUAGGAUAUGUCUCAUGUAUGGAAGUUUGUGUUAAUCCAUUUUAUUUAUCUAAGAAUUAAAGAUGGCCGUGAUCAACAGUGCCUUCAAGAUCCUUAUUCCAAUUUUUUUCUGAAUCGGCCUACAACAAUGCAUCUUUUUAUAGCAUUAGAAAGUUCUAAAACUUAUAUAAUGGUAAUUUUUAUUUAAUUUAUGAACAGGGUAUUCCUUUUCAAUAUUAUUUAUCAUCCAUUUUAUGCAAAUUGAAUAAAUGUUUUGAGUUUUACCUUAUCUUCAAGAUAUUUAAAUAUAUAUUAUUAACAUCGGGAGUGAUUCUCA